AUGUCUUUCCCGGAGCCGAAGCCGCGCGGCCCGGUGCUGCCGCAGAAACGGCUGAAGACGCUGGACUGCGGGCAGGGAGCGGUGCGAGCCGUGCGAUUUAAUGUGGAUGGCAACUACUGCCUGACGUGCGGCAGCGACAAGACCCUGAAGCUGUGGAACCCGCUGCGGGGGACGCUGCUGCGGACCUACAGCGGCCACGGCUACGAGGUGCUGGACGCGGCCGGGUCCUUUGACAACAGCAACCUCUGCUCCGGCGGCGGGGACAAGGCGGUGGUGCUGUGGGAUGUGGCAUCUGGGCAGGUCGUGCGGAAAUUCCGGGGUCACGCAGGGAAGGUGAACACGGUGCAGUUUAAUGAAGAGGCCACAGUCAUCCUGUCAGGCUCUAUUGAUUCCACUAUCCGCUGCUGGGACUGCCGUUCUCGGAGGCCGGACCCCGUGCAGAAGCUGGAUGAAGCCAAGGAUGGUGUAUCCAGUGUGAAGGUGUCGGACCAUGAGGUCCUAGCAGGCUCCGUGGAUGGCCGGGUCAGGCGCUACGACCUGAGGAUGGGACAGCUCUUCUCCGACUACGUGGGCAGCCCCAUCACUUGCACCUGCUUCAGCCGGGAUGGCCAGUGCACCCUGGUGUCCAGCCUGGAUUCCACGUUGAGGCUUCUAGACAAGGACACGGGGGAGCUGCUAGGGGAGUACACAGGCCAUAAGAACCAAGAGUACAAGCUGGACUGCUGCCUGAGUGAGCGUGACACGCAUGUCGUCAGCUGCUCCGAGGACGGGAAGGUGUUCUUUUGGGACCUUGUGGAGGGUGUCCUGGCCCUGGCCCUGCAAGUGGGCCCUGGUGUGGUGCAGUCACUGGCCUACCACCCGACAGAGCCCUGCCUGCUGACGGCCAUGGGGGGCAGCAUCCAUUGCUGGCGGGAAGAGGCCUACGAGACCGAGGGUGGCACAGGUUGA